AUGUAUGUGGAGUUGGUAAAAGGGCUGUUGGAAACCAUCCAAAAUGCAAUGGUUUUAAAUAAGCUGCCCGACGUUGUAGCGGUACCAAUUUUCGACCCGGACAAAAGCAACGACGGAGCAGUUGCCUGGUGCGAAAACUUCAACAAGUUGGGAGGAGAGUUAAAAUGGAGCAGCUUUGAGAAGGUUGCUAAAACCGAACAAAAAAGUGGGACUCAAGAAGACUUAAAAACGCACGAAUUUAAUACCAGGAAGGAAAUAGAUGUCAUACUAAAAGAAGAAGAAAUAAAUAGAAUUCAAAGAUUGGGAAAACGUGAUACAGAUGUUGGUAAAAUCAGGCCAAUACUACUUGCUACAACAACUCUUCAAAAAGAAGAUUCAGAUUCUCAAAAAUAA